AUGGUCUGUACGAAGUGCCAAAGGAAGCUCAAGAAAACCGAGCUUGCCACUCCAGCUGUCACACGAAAGAGUGAUAUAUAUUAUGGCUCUCCGAGCAUCACCGUUGGUGGCGGUGGAGGUGCGAAGAGUAAAUCAUCUGCAACCCUAGGAAAAACUGGGAUAUCAAAAAAUAAACUCCUUAGCAGCAAGGCCAAAAACCCAUACGCCGCCUACUCGAGUGCGUGCGAGUCGUGCAAAACUAAGACAGAGCAGGGCAGGAAAUUCUGCCAACGAUGCGCUUAUACGAAGAACGCCUGCGCAAUGUGCGGCAAAAGCCUAGCCGCCGCGGGUAAAAACUCGAAGGACCAGCCCGUCGUUCAGGCGCAGAAAUUCAAUUGUAAAUGA